AUGGUUGCGGCUUUUAAUUCCAAUCGUCCUGGUCUUGGUGUCGGCACAGAGCGUCGAAUCGCCGCUGGACGCGGCUCGCGGGUCUUGCGUCAACCUAAUGCAAACAAGCUUGCGAGCAGAUAUGGUCCACAUUCAAGGUGGAGACGCGGUGAAAAUGACGAAGAUGAGAACAAAGAUAUUGAGACUUGCGGAGAAGGCAGUUUUCGCGUGUCCACCGAAAUAAACACUGCUUUGCCAGACCCUCGAAGAACAAUGUCAUUACCGAAGAAUAGCACUUCCAGUUACUCCAAACCAAAGCGACAGAAGUGGAAGCUAUCCAAGGACAACAUUGCAAAGGGAGAGAAAUACAUGUGCAAAGAAAGUGCCCGGGUUGAAAGCACCCCACUGGGUGGGUGA